ACUCUGCUGGCGUCAGCAUCAUCUGGAGGCGGCGCAGGAGAAGAGGAAUAUCUGAGAAAAAACGUGCCGUACCAUAACGAUAAUCACUGUCACUGAUCGUAUUGGCUCAAGCAGGGAGGACAUAGACCCAGGUGCUCUAAAGUGUUGUACCUGGAGGACUAACCCUGAGCCCUGAAGCCUAUGCGUUAAAGAGUGUCCAGCAUUACACCUGCGCACGCUCAUGCUAAGUCAACACGCCGUCGCCUUUAUCAUCAUGGCCCUCGACACUCCCAGCGCUGGUCAAGAGAAUGACAGAAGACAUCUCCUUCUCCUCACAAAGACUCCCAAAGAUUUCCGUCCUCAUUUUGAAUGAUACCCUGCUGCAGUCCACAGCAUGUCCCUCUGUAAUGACAGCCUGCCAGAGGACUGUGUGUUCAUGGACCCGGGUGGCCCCGUGGCCCCAGAUGACAUCAUGCCGUCCUCAGUCACUGGGACUCCUCUCAUAUCGGUGACACUGCGGGUGACACUGGCUGCCAUCAUGAUCUUCAUGAUUACCAUUGGUUUCCUUGGCAACGCUGUGGUGUGUCUCAUUGUUUACCAGAAACCUGCCAUGCGCUCUGCCAUCAACCUCCUCCUGGCCACGCUGGCAUUCUCUGACAUCAUGCUGUCUCUACUGUGCAUGCCUUUCACUGCUGUCAUGGUGGCCACUUCGGACUGGACAUUUGGGAGCACCUUCUGUCGUGCUUCAAUCAUGCUUUACUGGUUGUUUGUACUGGAAGGAGUGUCCAUACUUCUCAUAAUUAGUGUGGACAGAUUUCUUAUCAUAGUGCAGCGCCAGGACAAGCUGACCCCAUACAGGGCUAAAGUGUUGAUCGCAGGGUCCUGGAUGCUCAGUCUGUGUAUAUCCCUGCCAUCAGUGCUGGGAUGGAGGACAGCUGCGGCUGGUAUCGGGAGCACCUGGGCCCCGCAGUGUGUCCUGGGAUACAGCGAGUCCCUUGCAGACCGUGGGUACACCAUCCUCUUAGCAGUAGCAGUUUUCUUUGUGCCAUUUACAGUCAUGCUCUACUCAUACAUGUGCAUACUCAACACAGUGCGACGCAAUACGCUUCGCAUUCACAACCACACCAACGAGCACUCCUGUCUGCCAGCACUCAACCAAAUCAGCAAAAUGAGGAUUAGCGGACUGCAGCGCCCCCCGCAGAUCAAAGUGGACAUGAGCUUCAAGACAAGAGCAUUCACUACAAUUCUCAUCCUGUUUGUGGGGUUCUCUGUGUGCUGGUUGCCUCAUACGAUUGUCAGCUUACUUGGAGUUUUCAGUCAUCGAUUUUAUUACAGCUCAGUAUUCUACCCCAUCAGUAUAGGUGCCCUGUGGCUCAGUUACCUCAAGACGGUGUUCAACCCAGUCAUCUACUGCUGGAGGAUCCGGAAGUUCAGGGAGGCUUGUCAGGAGUUUUUCCCCAAAAGCUGCAGGUUGUGUCCCAGGGUCCCGGGUCGGAGCCACAGGAGAGUCAGACCCAGCAAUAUCUAUGUCUGCAGUGAAAGCCAGUCUUCUGUGUGAGCAAAGGAUGUUUCAUGUCUUUUGUGUUUUCCAUAUGAACAACCAGGAACCAAAAAAGUAGCGAUGAUUGUAAUUUUUUUUUUUUAUUUUAUUUAAAUUUUUGUCUUAUUUUUUCGUUAGGCUACACUGUUGGGACAUUGUUUGUUUGUGUAUCAUAAAGUUGACAAUUAAAUAUGUGGUUAAAAAAAAGUAAUAUUUAAAAAAAGAAAAAAGUAGCACAUGCUCAGUCCAAGCUCUGAAGAUGCAGUAAAAAAAGUACAUGUUUACAUUUCCUUAAGCACUAUUCUAUGUUAUUUCUAUUUCUGUAAGGGAAAAAAAAAAUCUAUUUGUACAAUGCACAACUCCAACUCUCAAGUUUUCUUACUGUCAACCAAUGUGCCAGUCAGAUUUUGAUCUUUGUGUCCUGAUUAUAACAAUAAAUAUUUAUAACUGU